AUGGACAUGACGACAAUGAAAAUAAUAUUGGCGUUAGCUGCUACAUGGGGCGUCCCGGCUAAGCACGAAGACGUCCCCAAUACUUACGUAAAAGAAGAGAAGGAACAGCAUCUCGAUAUUCUGAUGCAUUUCCCCAAGGGCAUGACGAUUGAUACAAGAGAGUUACAAGAACUGGGGGCAACGAAGAUUGAAGAUGUCGUGUUUGAACUGAAGAAAAGUCUUUAUGGUUUAAAGCAAGCAGGGCGAUUGUGGAGCCAACUGCUUAACAAUCGGCUAUUGGAAGCCGGAUUUACUCGCUGCAUCAGCGAUUUCUGCUUGUAUUACAAGCGCGACAUCGAUGGAGUCGUCAUCGUCGGAGUCUACGUAGACGAUUUGCUGGUGACUGGAACACCCGCUGUUGCAGUUUACGUUUUUUUUGCGAGCCUCGAAAGUCUUUCGACUAAAGAUAUUGGACCAGUGUCGAGGUAUUUGGGGAUGCGCGUGACGCGCAACGAAGAUCGUGGAUAUUUUCUUGACCAGGAGGAGGCGAUUGUCGACUUGCUGCGUGACCACGGCAUGACCGAUGUCAACUCAAGUCGUGCGCCUAUCGGGACAGAUGUUUAUGAAGUUCAUUGUGCAGACUGA